ACUAAGGUAGCAACUUAACGUCUCAUUUGCGUGCCUCGUUCAGUUAUAGUAGGCGGCAGACUGUGUAUCAAUACGUCAGAGAUAUAAAGAAUCAUGUUGGCAGGACUGCUUAUCCUCAGUCUUUCAUUCCUCGCUGCCUCAGCAGAAACUGGAAAGCACUGGGCUCUGAUUGUAGCUGGAUCCAACGGAUGGUACAAUUACAGGCACCAGGCUGAUACAUGCCAUGCCUACCAGAUUCUCCACAAAAAUGGUAUUCCUGAUGAAAACAUUGUAGUCAUGAUGUAUGAUGACAUUGCCCAUAAUCCCUCGAAUCCAACACCUGGCAUCAUUAUAAACAAGCCAAAUGGAGACGAUGUGUACAAGGGUGUUCCAAAAGACUACACAAAGGAGGAUGUGACACCAGAUAACUUCUUGAACAUUCUGAAGGGAAAUAAACAAGCCAUGAGUGGGAUUGGUAGUGGAAAAGUGAUUGACAGUGGGCCAAAUGACCAUGUUUUUGUUUAUUUCACUGAUCAUGGAGCUACUGGACUCAUUGCAUUUCCAAGUGAUGAGUUGAUGGCACAUGACUUAAUAGCUGCCCUGGAUGAGAUGUAUGAAAACAAGAAAUUCAGCAAGUUGGUGUUCUACCUUGAAGCUUGUGAGUCAGGGUCCAUGUUUCACAAGAAGCUCAAGAACAACAUAGACAUCUAUGCGACUACUGCUGCCAAUCCUGAUGAAUCUUCCUAUGCUUGCUACUACGACAAGAAAAGGCAAACGUACCUUGGGGAUGUGUACUCUGUGAAGUGGAUGGAAAACUCUGAUGCGGUUGAUCUGACUAAGGAGACACUCAUGAAGCAAUUCCAAAUUGUGAAAGAAGAGACGAACACUAGUCAUGUGAUGCAGUAUGGAGACAUGGAUUAUGUUAAUGAUGACCUGGACGAGUUCCAAGGUGACGGCAUGGGAAGUGUUUCCGGAAAAUCUCCGGAGGAGUAUCGUGGGGAACAAAUUACCGAUGCCAUUCCUUCACCAGAUGUCGAGCUGAAUAUCCUUCACCAUCGCCUAAAGGAUAGCGCGAGCCUGGCCGAAAGACGAGAAAUCGCUCGUGAAAUCGAAGAGUUGCUUGAGCGGAAGGAAGGUGUCAGAAAAACAAUGGAGUCGAUUGUGGAGCAAUGUACCUCCUCUGAGGAGCAGAAGACUCGGGUCCUGAAGACUCGUGCUGAUCCGGAAGACUUUGACUGUUAUAAGCAGGCUGUCAAAACUUUCUCAAAGACCUGUUACAAUCUGGGACAGAAUGACCACGCCCUGCGUCACGUGUAUGCCCUCUCUAACUUGUGCGAAGAAAACAUUCCAACUGAAAUGAUUGUAUCUGCAAUCAUGAAAGAGUGUGCUGGAAUCAAUUAGAAAAGGAACAUCCUCUGUCUUCGAAUUUUUAGUAUUUGCAAGGCCUGGGGCUUUUAGCUGUUUUCACAUAUGUUGAUCUUUUCUCUUUUAAAUGAUUAGAUAGAGUUUUUACUUUGUAUACUUUGUAUCCUAAUUUUUUGUACUUGAUGGUUUCAAUUCUAUUUUACUACGUUCUUUGAUCUGUUGACCGCUGCAAGGUGAUCAGACUAUUAAUGAUUUAUCUCUGGUUGAGCUAACAUUUGAAUGAAGAACUUAGUCAGAACUGGGAUACAAAAGUUUGAAACAUUUUUUUAAAUUGUACAAUUGUAUCUCACGCAGGCUAACAAUUGAGCUUAAACUCAGGGAUAAAUAGAAUAACUCUGUAUCAUGUUUUUGAUCUUAAAAGUGCUAGCGAUAUAACAUUGUAAUUCCGCCUUCUUGGCAGUAAAGAUGAAAUGUAAAAAACCGAUAGGUUAGUGUUUGCUUCCAAAGUACCACUGCCUUGCGUUAAUCAAUAAUACACGAAUUAUUAAUUUUUUUAUCAGUUCUUUUUAGGAAUAUGAAUAAAACUUCUGAAAAAUUUGUA